AUGAUAUUCAUAAAGAAACAGAUUCUCUCACUUCCAGUACAUUAUUUGUUAGAUCGAUGGACUAGAAAUGCAACCAAAGAAAAAGCUAUUGACCAUCCGAGUGAAAUAACUAAUGUGAAGCCUUCUACUUUGUGGUUUAAUAACAUCAUGAUGCAUUCUAUGGGGCUAGCUGAACAAGCUACAAGGUCUGAAAAACAUUAUCUGUUCGCACAUCAAAGAUUGUUGCAAUUGUGUAGAGAACUUGAUGAACUUCCUUAUGAAUCUGAGGAAGAUUAUGUACCGAAUGAUCAAGUUGGUGAGAAAUAUUGUGAAAUGAAUCAAGUUGGUGAAAAGGAUUGUGAAAUGAAAUCAUGUGAACAAAGUCGGGAUGUUACUCUAUUUGACCCUCCAGUAGUGAUAACUAAAGGACGUCCGGAAUCUUUGAGAAAGAAAUAUGCUUUAGAAGUUGCUCAGAAGGCCAAAAAAGUUUCUUCUCAGAAGAAUAAAAAAGUUUCUUCUCAGAAAAUUCAAAAAGUUCCCUCUUAG